CAGUUGAAAGGAAAUACUCGUUGGGAAAAAAUGCGUUUGUUUGUCGCUCUGGUCUGUGUCAGUUUUGUGGCAUGUGCCACCGCCCAGUGGCCGCUACGUGGCAAGUCUGGCUUGAAUGCUCAGGUGAAGCUGGCCGUGGAGCCACCCAGUUUGCUGGUCAAGAAUGCCGCCAUUCUUCCAUCACUCCAGCUGUCGGAUACCGUGAAGACCCAGGAGAUUCCGAAAGUGUCGGCCGGAAAGCGUAGCAUUUUGCCAUACAUCUAUCCCAGCUACUGGCCCGACUAUGGAGUUCCCACCAAUGGCUGGUAUCCUGGUGGCUGGAAUUCUGGUUACUCCAACCCUGGAUAUUGGGGCAACAACUGGUACGAUUAUGGUGCUGGCUUCUACCCUAGGCGCCGUUUGGUGAAGCCGUUGGUCUCGGCCUCUCCUGGAUCUAUUGGAGCCACAGGAUCAAUUGGAGCUUCGGGAGCCACUGGAGUUACUGGAUCUAUUGGAGCUUCUGGAGCCAACGGAUCGAGCUCAUCGUCUGGAUCCACAUCCAGCACAACUACCACUACCACCACCACCAGCGAUGUGGUUCCUGCUUUGGAUGCCUCCCUCACUGCUGCUGUUGUUCCCGAUGUUGUCCCCCUUCCCGAUGUUGUGCCUGUGGCCGACCCUGUUGUCCUUCCUUUAGUCGCUGAGCCUUUGCUAACCACCCAGGUUAUCUAAGAGGCAUCAGUUUAAAGAUUUAAUAAAUAUUUGUAUAUAUUGAGCAAAAA